GAGCGAUUUGGCGUCAGCCAUCGAUUGUUCGAAUCAGCGCCGUUGCAGUGGGGCGAAUGGCCGAAGAGCACCUUUAAGUGGUGGCCGGUGGUAUUUAACGAGUAUAAUUUAUCGCUGAGCGGUCAUUACGUCACGUUCCUGCCGCCGAUCGUGCUGAAUGCUAAUAUACCUCAUAACGAUCCAAGUAUCACAUAUAAUGGCGAUGGUUUGAAUGGUGAUAAUGGGAAUAAUAAUGAUAAUAAUGGUGAUAGUGAUAAUGAUAAUAAAGAUAAAAAUAAUAAUAAUAAAUUAAAUUUGGAAGAUUCAUCGAAGUCGAUUGCGUACGAUACAAUUGAAACGUUGUUGAACUCUCGAAUCUACAGUCUCGAGACCCAAAUGACAGCAGUUCUCGUGAUGUCGGCUGUAUUUUUAUUUUCGACAGUCACUUUAUUCAUUCUUUAUACUUGUUUUCCAAGUUAUUUGAUCACUGAAACGUUGGUGAAUUCAUGGCAGAGGGCCAUGCGACAUCUCUGCAAACCAAUGCGGUGCGAACGCGUGCCUGGCGCAAGUGCGGUGCGUGGGCGGAAUUGCUUUUAA